UCAGGGAAUCUGUUGUUUUGCAGCGACGCGCAGAACAAAAUGUGGGCUCUUUGUUUCGACAUCUAAAAAACCACUUUCAACACUUGGGUUUUUGUCAUAAAGAUAAUCGGAUGCAGUACUCGAGGUGCACAAUGGCAGGCUGUUGUAUAUUUUUGGUCCUGCUAUCCUUCGUGAUUUUGGCGCCAAAUCUCUGCGGUGUUUUGCAGAAAACGGGAAGCACGUCUGCCGUAAAACGCCGCUCUGUGGCCGACCAACAGCAGCUGCAGCCCACGGUUUAUGCGGAUGAUGACAUCGAUAUUCCGCAUUGCGGCAAGGACGAGUCGUGCGCGGGACGCUGCGGAAGCCCCGCCAACGAAUCCGAGUCGUACCGAUGCUUCUGCGAUCACCGUUGUACCUUCUUCAAAGACUGCUGCAUGGAUUUUGACGAACUGUGCUCCAAGUUUAAGACCGAGAACACUGAACUAAGAGGAGGGACAAAGAGUCCUCAAGAUGACCCUAUGUCCGGGUUUGAUACCUCCGUAGCGGACUCUGAAGACCCCACUAGCGAAUCGUCACUGGGAUCUCAAGUCGAUGUCGACUGCAUUGGACUUGAUGAAUUUACAGGUGGAAUGAUUUGGAUGAAAUCCAACUGCGAUCCCAGAUGGACUGAUUCUCGCAUGGCAGAACUCUGUGCUGAUGUCGACAGCGGUGACACGCUCGCUCGAUUGCCUGUCCAAGGUACUGAUGGCUUUACAUACAGGAACAUGUACUGUGCUCAGUGCAAUUUUGUCAUCGUCAAUUACUUUUACUGGAUCGGCAUGUCGGCGUGCUACCACGAGCCGCCAACUGAUGCCGGCACAAACAUGACAUCCCUGGCCAUCUAUCUCAUGUCCAGCUGCAAAACCCGUAUCGACGAACCCAAAGUGACGGACAUAGCCAAAGCGAGAUUCUGUCUGCAAAAUAUAGACUGGUGCAACCCAGAACUUGUGGAACAGAUUGGGGGUGAGUUCGUGGAGUUUGUGAAGCGUUGUAAGAUGGAGUACCAAGGAUUAGUCAAGGGAGAGAGUGAGGCAGGCAUCCCCGUCAUCUACAAGAAUCCUUUCUGCGCCUUGUGCAACGGCGUUCAACGUAGCGAGAUGUCGUGUGACGUACCCACACUGACUCGCUAUUCCUCUGAUGACGUCAGUUACUAUGACUACUUCACAGAUGUGGAGUCACCUAACACCAAGGACAUCGCAGCUGACCUUCCGAAGCCGUCUUAUGUCGUCAUCACCAAUUACAACAUCAAAAACGGCUCCAAUGUGAUGAUAUUGAGGACCGAUGGUUCCAACGAGUUGGUACCCGUCGACCUGAAAUGCCCAGACACCGAGGUUUACGACCCCUACAUCGGUGAGUGUCGACCCACAUAUUGUGCUAUCGGAUAUGUGAUGUGUAACAACAAGUGCAUCAGGGAACCCAUUCCAACACAGAAUACUGACCCGCUGUAUACUCCCGAUGCCUCAAUCCAGAUGACGUUUACCAUCACAAUCAAAUUCACGUGGUUUGUUGACGAUAGCGGGGAAUUCAAAGACCCGACGGAUGGCGUGCUGCCCUUUCCAGUCAAUGGGUCCUUCAACGACACCAAUGACGGAAUCAAUGUGAGGACCUACGUCAUAGGAAGGUCAAACAUCACCAUGGGCUUGGCUGAGGUUAUUGAGUUCCAAGGAAUCUUGGACCAGGCGUCACAAAACGACACCCUGGACGACGCGACCAGGUUUUGGCUGUCCGUACUCUCAUUUGAAUUGCAGGCGCUGCAAGUCAACGUGGCCGGCCACGUCUUCAACAUCGACUCCAACACCGUGGAGGAUUUCAUCACCUCCUUGAAGGGUAACACAAACGAACUGGCAAGCUUCUUGGAGCAGUGUCCGGACGGGGUGAAGAACGUGUACAGCAGAAGACAACUCGUAGUUAAUGAGUAUCCUGAUGGUGACUGUUUGAGCGUGCAAAUCAGGAACACAAGUGUCUCUUAUGCGUGUUCGUGUUGGGUGUUCCUGAAGAACGUGGACGCGUCGGAUGGCGACGCCGGAGAGGAAGGCUUCACCACGGCAGUAGUCUGCGAGGACCAAACCCCAAUGCUGGAUCCGUCUUGCGUACGUGUCAAGUACAACACCUCGGAGUACAUCAUCGUAAACAGUACCGUCAUCUGCACCAACGGCAAACAAUACGGUCCGGGGGAGUACGAGAGAGCCGCAGACGGUAGGGUCUUCGUUUGUAGUGACUUUGAUAAUAUCAUCGAGACAAAGUACGUGGUGCAUUUCAAUUUCACCAAGGGACAGAACAUCAUCGCUAUGGUCGGUGUUGGACUGAGUACCACCUGUCUCUCUGCAACCCUGCUGACCUACGUGUUGUUCAAGGAACUAAGGACUCUCCCCGGCAUGAACUUGAUGACACUUGCCGUGAUCCUUCUGAUAAAUGACUGGACUUUCUUGUUUGGCUUGUACGCAACGGACAAUCAAACCUUUUGCCGGGCAGUGGCUGUGUUCCUACACUUCAUCUGUCUCUGUCAGUUCUUCUGGGGGAACGUCAUAGCCUAUGACGUGUAUAAAACAUUCGGUCGCAAGCGCCUCACGAAGGUGAACCUCAAAACCUCACAGCGUAAACAAUAUCUCCGUUACGCCAUCUACGCCUGGGGUAUGCCAGUCCUCAUCGUGAGCAUAUCUGCCAUCCUGGACUUCUGCAAGUGCACCUUGUUGGACGUGGACUACGGUUUAUAUUUCAGUUGCUGGAUUUCAGACCCGAUCGCCUAUUCUGUCUUCUUCGGCGUGCCGAUGUUGGUGACUAACGCGGCCAACCUCAUCAUGUUCGUUGUGACUGUCUGCAACCUGCGUCGCUACCACCGCAAAUCGGCCGUCAUCUCCGGCAACACCAACACCCACAACCACCUCGCGCUGUGCGCCAAGCUCGCCACAGUCAUGGGAUUCGCUUGGAACCUGGCCUUCGUCGCCUCCAUCCUCCACAACACCAUCCUCUGGUACUUCUUCUUCGUCUUCUACUUCUUGCAGGGAGUCUUCAUGUUCCUGUCUUACAUCUUCAACAGGCGCGUCUACCGCAUGUACCUCAAGAGGUUCUGUCGGGAGCGGGUCUCCAGCGUCACAUCCGUAGGACACCCGAGAGCGAGAUCGCGACCUCCAUCUGUAGCCUCACAGGUCCCUCUCGCCUCACGCUCACCACUGCCCUCAACCUCCAGGAAUCCUUCCUUCGACGAAGACCUCAUUGAUCAGCCGAUACUCCAGCACCUCACUGACCUUACCAGCCACGCCGAGGCCUCCCCUGUGCCCCCUCGCAGACAGAUGUAUCGCCAAAAGUCGAACUCAUGCUCCGUGGCUCACAUUUCUGGUUCCAAAAACCUGCCUUCGGAAGGUCUCAUGCACCGCGUGAGUGUCGGUGAAGGUAUCCGACACCUCAGGACCAGCAGUUUCGACUCAGCCGCUCUUUACACGAGUUCUGCUGAUAUCUCCGAUACCUCACCAUUACAAAUGGGACAGUUCGAUACUGGUACUGCCAAUGUCGCGUUUUCAUCCUCUGAUGAAUUCUCGAGUGAUGAUGACGAUGUUUUCCAACCUGCGUAUUACUUCACAGAGUGCUAACACUAAAACAUCAAAAAUUAACUUUAAAUAACGGACACAACUCUUAAAUCCAUCUUGGUUGUGCCGACAAAACUUGGCCAUAAUGUUUAAUAUUUAAUAUAUCUUACAAAGCUUCUCUUUUUCGCUGUAUAUAUAUUUCUCCUAUUUCGGUCGCUAUUAGGUCUCUCUAGAACCAAAAAAAACAAAUAGAUUUUCUGUCAACAAUUAAUAAUUGAGGAACAAUUUCAAAAUUUGUAUAUCUUUAAAUGAUUUGGUCCACUGGCAAUCUGCAGACUGCGCU